AUCGAAUGAAAGGAAAGGAAAACCGACACGAAGAGAGUCGGUAUGGAAAAUAUGGAAUGAGACCGAUGAGAAGGGUUGACUCUGGUUGACAUCAAAAAAUACCCAAUCCUUGGCUUAUGUACGUUUCUACCUUUGUGGCAUGACUUGUUGCUCCUGCUCGUCGGUAUUGGAAUUUCUCCUAUUUGCUGUGCACAGGAAGCAAUUCAUCCUAUCGCGCAGAUUAUCCGAUUCAGGACAUAUAAAAAGGAACUCCAACACGAAUAGGCGAUCCCCGCGCUGGUCGCUCCUACCACAUACAUUUCUCUUCCCCGCUUUUUAUUUGUAGGUUCACAUAAAUCUUCGAAGAAUCAAUAUGCUGUGCGGAAGUUUCUUGUGUUCCCUAUGUUUAUGCGUGCUUUUGGCUUUCUCCGCCGCCGAGGCAAUCCCUCUAUCCCAGGACCGUACUGGAUUAAUGUCCCCGGAUCAUUCUACGUUUCUCGCCAGGAAUGAACCUAGAGGAGCAUACCAGUCAUCGUCAAAUCCAACGCCUCGAGCCUUAUCUGAACCGAUCAUGCUGUACUAUUUCACAUGUGGACCCACAGUCACUUUGUUUGCCCAGGGACAUAGUCUAAAAGAUGUGUACCGGCCUGUAUUGGGAAAAAGAAAGCUGCUAAUGUUUCCUGACCAGGGUAUUGGUUCGUUCGCACCCCGGAGGUGCAAAGACAAUAACUUUGCUGUUGUUGAAUUCGAACUCGAUACAAGCAAAGGGCUGAUCGUGCAGGACAAGAGAAGUAUGAGAAGCUCGAGUUCGAGCCUUUUCAGCCUUGGUCGAGGGAAGUCAGAUGUCAUUCUAUCUCCCACAAUGAAGUCGAAUGCCAUGGCUACACUGGGUCACUGACAAAGCUGCUCAACUACCCGCUUUAAAAUAUGUAUCUUAUAAGAUAAGUACAUCGGCAGAUGGCGCUUGGACUGAAAUGAAGAAUGCAAAACGAGGGAAGGGACGGAUGAUUAUAGAUUAGUUUGGUUUUGCCCCAGGUGCUUAA